ACGACUCUAAAAAAAAAUUAUAUAGUAGAAAUAGCAUUGAUUACAAAUACUAUAGAUCGCUCGCCGCGGUACUAAAUAUUCUGCACUAAUUUAAAAUAAGACGUCUUGUCAGUUUCUGGCGUUUAGCACUAUAGUAUUUAAUCAAUAGGUAAUAGAUAACCACUAUUAAGUUAUAACAUUAAUAAAUAAUGCUGUGAAUUAUGUUCUAGAAUUUAAAUAAAUGUAAUAUUUUUAUUUUAUUUCAGCUUUCUCAAAAUAUUUUGAAAGCAUGCCUCUACCAAAUGCUAUUUCCUGGUAUGCUCACUAUUCUCCACUUUGGUUUUUGAAAUCAAUUACAGUAUUUGCAGAAAUUAAUGAUUUAUUUGUUCCAUUGAUGUUCUUGGUACCCAUCCGGUCAGUUAAAAAGUUGGCAUUUUAUAUUCAGGUAUUCAUGCAAGUUUGCAUUUUGGCAUCAGGAAAUUAUAGCUAUUACAAUCUUUUAUACAUAGUUUUAUGUUUGUCAUUGUUGGAUGACCAUACAUUUUAUAGAGAACUAGCUCUGGCUAGAACUCGACAACGGUGUUCUUCUGUGUUCACAAGAUUUAUGACGUUCAAUGUUAUUAGCAUACUUGUAGCAGUUUUUCCUUUGUUGUAUAAUUUUCGCAUUUCCACAAAAAAUACACCGGAUUUCACAAUAGGUAAAUUUUUAAUUUUAUAUUAAUAUUCUAAACGUUUUUUUUAUUAUUUAAUUACUUUUUUCAGCAUUUACACAGCAACAAUUUAACGUCAUAUUAGGCAAAAGUUUGCCUUUUAUUGCCUAUUUUGCAUUAGGUUCAUUUGUUUUUGAAUGUUUAAAGGCAUUUUAUUUGUCUCUACCUUUAAGCAGAACUGGUGGUUCCUUUUCAACAUUAAUAAAAUCAACAUUAUAUCUAUCCAUUUGUUUGGGUAUAUUCUCGUUGACUUUGGUAAAUUUUUCUGCUCUUCACCAAAGUGUGAAGUAUACUGUUCCAAAUGAUUUUAAACUAUUUUACAAUAAAUUAGCUCCUUUUAAAAUUAGUAAUUCUUAUUUACCACCUAAAGAAUUUAUCAAUCUUGAAAACCGUAAAGAAAUUUUAAUACAAUGCGCUAAUGAUAUUAAAGGACCAUGGUAUGAAUAUCAGUUCUUAUACAAACCUGGAAAUGUAACUGUUACACCACCGAUUAUUGGUUUGUAUUUUAUUUUAUAUAUGUAGGUACUUAAUUUAAUUUUUACUUAAAUAAUACAUAAUACUAUUUU